AUGGUGGCAGAAGCGGCUCGCAUGGCUGCGCAAGAGAGGGUCAAACUCAAGGCUGAAAGACGUCGCAAGGAGAUUGAGGUCGAGGCUCGGAGAAAACUUGCGACUGAGACUCGCAAGAAGUUUGAAACUGAAACUCAAAGAAGGCUGGAGGAGAUUGAGAUCCGCAGAAAGUUUGAGGUUGAGGCUCAGAGAAAACUUGAAUACGAACAACAGCGACAGCAUGAAAGGGAGCAACUUCGGCGGAAACAAGAAAAGGAGCUUGCAGAGGAGAGAAACCGAGUCGAGGCAGAGAUGGAAAAAAUGAAAGCGGAGGCUGAGGCUCGCCGGCUUGCAGUGGUUGCCCAGGCACUAGAGUUGCAGAAGGUGAAAGAGGCGGAGGAACAACGAAAGAAAGACCUGAAAGAUUUGAUACUCUUUUCAACAAAGACAUUGUUGCUUAGACGCUGGGUCCGUCGUCUAUCUCGAAAUUUAGAAUUGAUCAGAAACUCAAGAGAUGACUUACAGAACAUUGAUCCUACAUUCUUCAAGAGUACUCUCUAUCUUGAUCCCUUGAUGGCAAAUCCAGCGGAUGAAGAACGAAGCUCAAUCGCAGAACAGUCACUUCCAGCAGCAGGAACCAGAAGCGUCCUUGAGACUCUUUUGCGGCUUGGUGUUGAGAAGAGGAUUGAUCUAUCGCACCUUGUUUUGGAAGAAUUGGCGACAUUUCAGAACGUGGAAAGCCAAAGGAACGCUCUGCAAAAUAGAGCAUCCAAAACACGAACGAUUCUCUUAAAGCUCGGAGUCGUAGUCCAGUCACACGAAGGUGCAGACAGAGUGUCGGAGCUAGUUCGUCUUUGGAUUUCGUCUGCCCUCGAGACAGGAGAGGUCCAUGUUACUGAGGAAACAUCUUUCACCGUGCGAUCACUUGCAGUCCUAUGUCGGAACGAGCGCGAUAUUUCCGAUUGUGAUGUUGUUUUAUGCUUACAUCCUGGUGGUGGAAGAAGUUCGUCUGUAAUACCUGCAGCAAAAUCUGUCGUCCUACUCCUCGAUGCCAAAUAUUCCAACAGAAGAGAUCUUGACGAAAGGGGAUCAACCGCAAUUCAUCCUAAGGCUGUAUCAACCGAAGCUUUUGAAAGUGCAUUGUCGUCAGCCUGUAAAGUACUGACACGUAUGUUUCUUCGAGACUUUUCUUUUUCGGUCGAAAGAAAGCAUUUCUUUUCCAUUGCGUCGCAAGCAAUAAUAAAGUCCCUGUGGAUGCCAUUCUCAAGCGGAACAAAGAACGAAGACGACAUUAUGGGUCGCUCGAGAAUCGCUCUUUUGGCAUUGUCAGAAGAAGUUUCGUUUAAGCUGAAGAAGAACAGAACAGAUCUGCGGAGUUGGCCCCCGAAUGAAUUUUCGUCUUCGACAGGAAUGGUUGAUGACUACUUUUCUCAAAGACAAGGCUUACCAGUCAACUGGAUUGAGAGCGUAGAUAAAAAAGGCUUUGACUCAGAGGUAUCUCACCUCCUGCACGUGUUCAAUUCUCCACUCCGCGAAGUGGUAACUGAUUUGCUCGGGAGAGACGCACCACGAAGGCUGAAAGAUGCCUGUGCAUCGAUGUUAUCUAGGCGCCAGUUUCGUGGAUGCUUAGAAAAAGCGCUGGGUUGGAGAAUGGGCCAAAUAGAGGUGUCAAGCAAUAGGUACAUCUACUUCCCAAGCGGGGUUGCCGACUCCUUGAUAUCGGGCGUGGGUAGGCGUUUGUCGCAAUUACUCUCGUCGAAGUCUCAGGGGAGCCCAAGCUAUCAUAUCCCAUCAAGAUUCAAGCUCAACAUCUCUACUACUGUUGAUUUCUUUGAAACGGGUACAGUAAAUCAAUCAGUUGCUGCAAAUGGCGAAAUACAGUCAAUUAGUGAUGACCUUCGCCCGCUAUCAAACGCCAAGAGCAGCCACACAGUAACUGAACUAGUCAACCGAAAGAAAUCAGGAAGCCGAGAGCUCCAACAACACGAUGCCUCGUUUUCCAAGCGAAAAAAAAGACGAAUGGAACCUUCUCACCGCGUAAUGGAGAGUUCUUCGUUUUCGAAAAGGCUUGAAAGUUUCCUUGAUGGGGAGACGCUUGAUGUUCAGAUUGGAGACAAGACUUUGGACUCUAUUCUGGCACAGCGGGGGGGCUCUCUCCAAGAAGACGUUGCAAUCAUCAAAACUAGAAAACAAAGGAAAUAUGGACGCCAAAUUUCAAAUUGCCAAAUAUAA